GCGGUCUCUUCUUUAGGCAGGCCUUUGGCGAUCUGUCUAUUAAUCUGUGCCCAUGAUAGUGGCCGGUAACCUAUAAUAUAUGAUUGAUAUUUAAAUAUUUUGCAUGUUAAUUUAAAUUAAUUUACAAUCUACGAUUGUGGUGUCGUUGACAUAAAAUUACGUAGCUUUGUACGAAAGAAACUCGCGAUGGUUGAAGAAUCGGAACAGUUGCCGCCGAUCGAUGUAAAAGAGCCCCUGGAUCUCAUAAAAUUGAGCCUGGAGGAGCGAAUUUAUGUAAAAAUGAGGAACGAAAGAGAGCUCCGAGGGAAAUUACAUGCUUUCGAUCAACACUUGAACAUGGUGCUCGGUGAUGUGGAGGAGAUCAUAAACAUAGUGGAGAUUGAUGAAGAAACAUACGAAGAAAUAUAUCGGCAGAAGAAAAGGACCAUUCAAAUGUUGUUUGUACGCGGUGAUGGUGUGAUCCUGGUGUCUCCACCCACAUAAGAUAACUGUAACGCUUGCACAUCAUAUUUCUCUCAUAAAAGUAUAAAUACUUUCUAAUGCAGUUUAACGUGUAAUCUAUAAUCAAAUUUUACAUUAUCAAUUUGAUUUUUAGCAUGCAAACUGAGCAGGUGAUCUCGAAAGCUUGAGAAAUAUUUUACAAUUGAUUACAAUAACUUUCUUCUUAAAAUAUAAUUAUUGAUAUCUGUAUUACAAGAAUCUUUAGGUGUAAUGGAUGGAUAAUAAAGUGUAUUCUUAUAAUAUAUA